AGACGUUACAAAUAUGGCCACCGAGUGGAAUGACUUGCCGUAAAGGGACUUUCACCAUAUGUGCGGAAGUUUUGUGUCGUUAUUGCUUAGGUGAGAUUGAAGACAUCGGUGUUUUCUUACCGCUGUCACGCUGUUUUUAAACACAGAUCAUGGACUUCUCCGAAUCCGUUAAGAAAAUCCUCUCCAAGUAUAAAUUUCGCGAUGUCGCCAUUGAAGAGCUGCAGAAAGUGUCUCGCCUUCACCCUGAUAUAAAAGUGAAAUAUGGGACAUACACAUUUAGUGACAGUUCACAGAAGGAUCUGCUCAAGGUUGUUGGAAACAUCCCAGUCAGAUACCAAGGGCGCUUAUAUAACCUGCCCAUCCUGCUUUGGCUGGUGGAUUCUUUUCCCUUCACGCCGCCCAUCUGCUUCCUGCGACCAACCUCCAGCAUGGUCAUACGGGAGGGUAAACAUGUCGAUUCAAAGGGAAGAAUUCACCUGCCGGGUCUGCAUAACUGGGAUCAUCCCAAGUCAUCUGUAAAUGGGCUUCUAGCGGAGAUGAUCGCUAAAUUCGAAGAGGAACCUCCAUUGGCCUCCAAAUCCUCUGGACACGUUGAAAAUCCCAAUGAUCUACUGACCCAUGUGUCGAAUCUCACAGUUAAUGAAGGUGGGCAUCGAUCUGAUCAAGCGGUUAAAGUCUCUGUGAUUGGUGGGGGAGAUUUAGGAGUAGCCGCCGUGUUGAGUAUUAUGGCAAAAAGCAGUGUGGACAAACUGGUUUUGAUUGACGUCCCUGAGAGUUCUACCAAAGGUGGCGCGACUGAUUUAGAGAUUUUCAGUUUACCAAAGGUUGAGGUUUCAAAAGACCUGUCGGCCUCGGCGGGUUCAAAGGUGGUGAUCGUCACAGCGAACGCCUGGAGUGAUGAGCAGUCGUAUGCGAGUGUGGUUCAGACUAAUGUGGAUUUGUAUCGUGGGAUGAUCGCUCGGCUUGCCCAGCUGAGUCCAAAAGCUGUGCUGCUUAUCGCCUCUCAACCAGUGGACAUUAUGACACAUGUGGCAUGGAGACAGAGUCAUCUGCUGCCAACUCAAGUCAUCGGGGUGGGCUGUAAUCUCGACUCGGUACGUCUGUCUCAAAUCAUCAACAUUUCACUGUUGGCCAACAACACAGGCAAGCAGGCCUGGGUCAUCGGAGAGCUUUCAGAGAACAAAGUGGCCGUGUGGGGUAAUGUGGGUCCAGGGACUGACCAGCUGCAAUCAUUAACCCCAGUGCCCAACUCCACCAAACCCUUGAUGGACAGGGCGUUAGAGAUGUUGAAGGGCCGAGGUCAGAGGUCAUGGUCAGUUGGAUUGUCCAUUGCUGACAUCACUCACAGCAUCAUAACAGACCAGAAGAAAAUACACUCCGUCACGACACUGGCCGAGGGAUGGGGUGGAAUCGGGUCCAAGGUGUUCCUCAGCUUGCCAUGCAUCCUCGGAGAAAACGGCUCAACCAGAUUAGCAGGCGUGCCUGUGGGUUCAGAGGACGAAUUGAGGCUGAGGGAGAGUGUGGCGUCUCAGAUCAACCUCUUUAUGCAGCUCAGAUUGUAGGUUCAGGACCAGAUAAGACAGGAAAUUCACCUCCACAAGUGCUUACCCAUGUUGUUUGCAGGCUUGCAGCUCUGGGAUAUACCCUUUUUUGUUACAUUUAGAGGGGUGGUGUAUUUAAGAAGGUAAAUGUCAUCAUUCUUGCACUGACCCUUCAUCUGUGAAGUGAAAUUCUUCCACCUGACAGCAAUAGCACUUUCUGUAUGUGUACUCUGAUAUCAUGUGACCUGUCCUGGCACAUAUGUUUGUAUAUUAUAUGCUGUUCUAUGCAUCCUCAAGCAAUAUGCAAUUGAUUGUUAUACAGCGCUUAAUCGAUAUUGUUUAUAAACUAUGCAAAUGCACUUAUGUCUCUAAUAUAAUUUAUUGACCGCUUCAAGAUCAAAUCCACAUGACAGAUUUGCCUGAUUAAUAUUAAUAUUGAAUGAACACCUAAAGGACAUGCCUGCUGUUUUGCCAAUUGAAUGUACAUUGUGAUUUCUAAA